AUGGAACCAAGAGUUGAAAGCUUCCCAGACGAAGCAUCUCUAUUACUUCCGAGGGCAAGCACAUCUAGAAGAAACCAUCACGACUCCUCCAUGACUUUCAUGCAAAGAGUUCGACGUUUGGAUGCUCACCCUUACUGGUUACUCCCAGUAGUUCUGGUGAUGUCCAUGGCGCGGGGAGUCACCAUGUCCCCUCGAAUACAAGUAUACAAGGCAAUUGCCUGCCGAGCGCUGUCAGAUGGCUCCCAGGGAGCGGAUUUAAAUCUCUUGACACUGGCUGGCUGUGGCGAUGCAGACGUCCAAGCUCGCGCGGUGCGUAUACAAGCUUCCGUUGUAACAAUCAUGAGCGUCCUGAGCGCAAUCUCAACUGGGUUUUGGAGUCGUGCUGGUGAUGCUCGCGGUCGGAAACCUAUCCUAUGCGUUUUCAUUAUUGGGGCGGUCCUUAUGGAGGCGGUAUUCGUUCUCGUCAUGAGACCCCAAUCUUUCUUUGGAAAAUAUGCCGAGCAUUUAAUUCUCGUCGGUCCCAUACUCGAAGGAUUUGUUGGUGGACUGUCGACAUUCAAUGGGGUGGUUCAUGCGUAUGUCUCUGACUGCACGAGACAUGGAUCUCGUUCGAAGAUUUUCUCGACAAUACAAGGGAUCGUUUUUGUCGGCUUGGCAAUCGGACCAUGGGUCGGUGGUCUCUUCCUCCCGCCAACAGGCUACAACGAUGGAUUUUUCUUCGUCAGCAUCAGCCUUAUGCUCGGGACGCUGCUAUACGUCCUCUUUAUUUGCCCAGAAUCUCUGCAGCACCGUCCGGUGGAUAAUACAUAUAUUCAGGACGAACUGCAAUUCAAGACCUCUCCAGUUUUGGUUGCUCGGCGCAUGUUCACGAAGUUUAUUUCCGCACUGCUAUCUCCCAUUGCAAUGUUUGCUCCAAGGACCGUUCCGGGCCAAGGACCUCGGCCAAAUUAUAAUAUGACGUUCUUGGGCUUGGGCCUUUUCAUCUAUCUUGUUUCUACUGGCGUUUACUCCGCCAAGUACCUCUACGCCCAACACGUAUAUACUUGGACGACUGCCCAGUUGGGAUAUUACAUGUCGGUAUUGUGGAUAUCUCGAGCAUUCAAUCUACUUGUCUUCCUUCCAAUCGUCAUUUCCUACCUCAAGCCCAAACGCACGAGUACUCCAGGGACCAAUCCGAACUCGCGUGACAUUGGCGCAGAAUUGAAGUUUGACCGAUACCUAGCUCAAGCGUCGCUAGGAGUAGACGGAUUCGCAGAUUCACUCGUCGCCAUAACGUCAAACAAGUCCCAAGCAACUUUCAUUGGGCUUUCUACCCUGUCCUCUUUCACAUCUGGGGGGAAUCCAGCACUUCAUUCCUUGGGUGCGGUUUGUAUCCAUGCUUGUGGAUACGGAUCCGAGGUGGGAGCCCUUUUUGGAGCUAUUGGAGUUUUAUCCGCGAUUGCACACACAAUUUCGCCAUACAUCUACGCCCUCACAUACAGCUCUACAGUAGCCAAUUUCCCGCAAGCCAUCUUCGUCCUUGCCGCGUGUUUACUCUUCUCCGCCGUUGCCUUGCUGAACCGUGUUCAACCCAUCGAAGGGGAGGUUGCGGAACACGAGCCUUCAACAACGGAGGUUGUUUAUAGGUCAAUACCCGACGUAGAAGGAGACCUCCACGAAGAGCUGGAACCGUGA